AUGUGUGGAAGGAAGGUCCUUGAUUUCUCUUUAGGAUCGCCUCGUGAUUUUCUGAUCACAGAUUGGGCUUGGUCGAAGGUAAAAGCUGGAAAGAUGAAUGAAAUUUUGGAUAGCAUCCUAGUAAAGACUGAGGAUUCAGUAAGUUCAAAUCCAAGGGCUAUAAUGGUGAGAUUUCUCCUCGUUGGAAUAUUAUGUGCCCACGUGAUGGUGGCCUUGAGGCCAACUAUAUUGGAUGCACUGAAAAUGUUAGAAGGAGAUAUUGAGGUUCCUGAAAUUCCAGAUAGACCAGCACCUCUUGGACAACCUUCAUUGUCUAAGGCUAAAGGCAACACAUUCAGCAUAUCACCAGCCUUGAGUUGCUUGCAACUGCCUGCUGGAGACAUGCUAAGGUGA